AAUUACUUAUUAAACAUAUAUGAAGCCAAAAUGGAAAGACUGUGUGAAAAAAAAUAAGUACACCCCUUAAUCCAACAGCUUGUAGACCCACAUUCAGCAGCAGUAACUCUCAGUAGUUAUGCUGUGUCUGAUUUUGAGUCUCUCACAUCAACAUGGGUGAUCUUUGGUCCUCUCUGAGUAGUUCCUCCAAGGUCCAACCACAUGGUGGGACUCUGAACUUUGACAGUUUGCCAGAGUGGCCCACUUUAGCAACCGUAAACUUGCUGGUGAUUUGUAAAUCUGUGCACUUGAUAAGCAGCACCUGCUACUUUUCCUGAUUCUAAUUGAAGCAGCAAGGAUGUAUCUAUUUUUUCCCCUCACAAUGUUUUUACAUAAGCUUUAUAUUGAUUUAAUAAAUAAUAACAAUGUGGAAUCUGUUUUUGUACUCUUGAAGUUAGAUUUAAAUUUUAGGACCAGAUAUUUACUCACUUUUGAGACCAGACCAUAUUUAUCAUGUCUUAUUAUUAUUAUGGCUGUAUUUGUUUGUAUCCUUUUUCAUGACUGGGACCCCGAAAAUUAGAUUUCAAAAAAAUAUUACCCCAUGAACUUGUAUUGACUUUUCAUAUGUAAUAUGGAGAGGAAAAGCAGCUCUUCCAGUGAAAGACAAAAUUGUUAACACAAUAACAUGUCCUUAUAAACGCUCCCAAACUAAUUGAAAAUAUACAACUGAAUCCUAUUUAGAUACGACAAUUAUUGCCAUGCUGCCCAGACAUAACCAAUGGGUCUUUUAAUAAUGGCAAUAUGGCUUUCUAACCAGAGUGGCAGAACCUUAGAGGGACACCAUGAAGCACAAAGUAUUUGUAUUACUUAUUCAGAUGUGUAUCCAGUCAAUGUUAAUAUUAAUGAAGAUUUGAACAGGACCCCUCCACCUGACUGAUUCUCUUCUAAAGAGUGAUUUCAAUGCUUUUUAUUGCAUUUUAAUCACUUUUAAAGGAGUGAGCUUGUGUUUGACUGUAAGGAUGCAAAAGCAGAGGCUUACCAAUCACUGUGCUAAAUAUUUAUUUGUCAAACUGGACUUUAAGCUAUUCUGUACAGAUAAAAAAAAAAAAAAAAAAAAUUAACAAAAGCGUUUCUUUGUAUGUUCUGUUUAUACAACAUUGAUUUGUCACAAUUUCUCAAAAAAUUGCCAAGUAUGAGACAAUUUUAAAAAAAGCUAACAAAAGAAAAAGGAAAACAUCCGAAGACUUUCACAACAAAUCUGUUAAAAACGUUAAAGUUUUAAAGUGAUACUUUUUGUCAGCAGUGUGGCGUAUAUUUGCAAGAAAGUCCUAUAUUCCAAGUGAUUUAGCUAAAACUGCGAUCAUAAGAAAUAGGAGAAGGCAUUGAAUGGACGACUGUAAAAACAAUUAAGCAAAAUAUAUUUGGUUCUAUGAUACAUUUUGCAAUACGGUAAUACAAGUUAAAAUGCUCUGUCCAUUGCACAUUUUCUGACUGCACCUAAAUGCAGCAAAACAUCUGCCAUGGCCACAGCCGGAGGUUGGGACGCUCCUGUAACUGUGAUGCAUUCAGGACCCGCCCUCUUCCUCCUGCACUUGUCAAGGGGCACCGCUCGCAAAUUACAUCACACUUCAGCCCACCGACGCACACGCAAAUAACCCCGGGACAAUCCGAACAAUUAUUAAGCACGCAACAUUUUUUUUACACCGACUUUUAAUUAUUACAGAUCAAAAUGCUUCCUUUCAAGAGAACUUUUGAUACCGAAAAACAGCAACUGCAUGAGCUGAACAGCAGACUUGCCCAGUAUCUGUCCAGAACCAAGCAGCUGGAGCAAGAAAACGCGCAGCUUAUAGCUGAAAUUAACAAACUCAGACGCGGCAGCGGGACAGCGGAAUGGGAGCAGAAGUACAAAGCGGAGAUGAAGGAUCUUAGGAGAAUGGUGGGGCAGAUCUCUUUCGAAAAGUCCCAGGCGGAGAUGGAGAGGGAGAAGCUAUGGCGUGAGUUGCAGACGGUCCAGUCUGUGUGCAGCGAGCAGACCGAGGCGUGCAGGGACAUCAGCGGCGAGCUGAAGGGCUGCGCACAGGAGCUGCAGCAGGCGCACAAAAUAAACAGCGAGCUGCAGCAGCGGCUCCUUCAGCUGGAUAGUGAGUACAAGCGCUUAGAAGACGCACGCAGGCAUGAGACGGCCCAGCUCCGGCAUCAGGUGGAGUCCAGGGUGGUGCCCAUCAUCACGAAAACGUUUCCCGGGCCCCCGACGGUCUCUGUUGAGGAGGUGCAGCAGUACGCCCGCGGGCUGUCCGAGAGAUGGAUAGAGACGUUUGAAAUGUACCAGCAGAAGGUGGAGGAGAUGGAGCAGUCGAUCAAAGCGGACCAGGCGAGGCUGUGUGACCUGCAGAAAGAGAAGAUGCUGUACGCAUCCGAGCUUGGCAAACUGCGCACAGAGGCGGAAAAACAGGGUCACGUUCAAAGGCGCCUAGAGGAGCAACUCAUGCACAUGCAGGAGAAAUUCCAAGUGGAUUUGAGUGACCAUCAGAUGAUAAUUGAGCAGUUGGAGCAUGAGAGAAACACGUUGGCUGAGGCUAUGGAAGAUAAAAUGACGGAACAUCAGCACCUUCUCCAAGUGAAGAUGGACCUGGGCAUGGAGGUGGCAGCCUACAGGGCUCUCCUAGAAAGUGAAAGAGUUGGCCUGCAAGAUGCUCACAGGAAGAUGACUCAACAUCAGAAAGAGAGAAUAAUAGAUGUCAAGGUGCCUGCCCAAACAUACACUCCAAGAGCUUCAACCUUAACCUCGAGAAGACAUAUGGAUAUGAGGUUUACAUCACAAACAAACCUGAGAAGACCCCCCAUGCCCUCCUCUGGGUCCAUAAGUCCCUCCAGGGUCAUUCCCAUUUCAGCUGCAGGAAUGGCUCGCCAUCAGAGUCCAGCAUCCAGAAGGGAUAUGAUCUCAUUCAACAAAGCUCAGGCUGCUGCUUCUAUGCCUGCUACCAGUACCAAAUUUGGCCAGACUGAAAACAAAAUGAGUAAACCUGCACAGAAAAUGGUAGCAGAUGAGAAAACAGUGAGAGUCAAACAGGCUCCUUAUGAAAGCAAAGCCAGCUUUACAUCAGAGACAAAGUCGGUAAGAGUAGUGUCAUCCCCAGCAAAAAGUCUCACCACCAAAACUGUCAUAGAAAGCAAACAGGACGUGUCAAGUGAGAAAGAGAAAGGUCAUGCUCAAGAUGAGUCCAAAGACAAAGGGAAGGCAGAGUCUACAAUUGGCUUCACUGAAAAAAAGAUACUGGACUCUGUGUCUGUUGAAGAGAUUAUUGAGAAAGUGAUUAAACCUGCAGGUUUAGAAGCAAAAGUCUGCUCAUCAGGAGACUCUAAGGUCAGGUAUCAUGUGGAGAAAAGUGAGCAGGAAGACGGCACCACUAAAACACAGAUUGUGCUGGAAUCCAAAGUCGAAGAGGAGUUGAAUGUUUCUGAGGACUCUGCACUGGAGGAACUCCUGAGCCAGGGUGUGAAGAAGGUAUCACUGGAGGACAUAGAAGAUACAGCAACAGGAAACAUGAUUAGGAACCUUUUAAGUAGCCUUCAAGGGGGAGAAAACAUGGAAAAUAAGUCAGUUAAUGUGGAAAUUAUCGAGGAACCUAUCGAAUCUCUCAAUGAUGAGGAGGUUAAGAUUGAAAUAAAGAGCAAAUCGAGUUUUUAUGAGCCUUCAACAUAUUUCCAAAUUGAGGAGCCUGAAGAAGAAAAGACUGAAGAUGAUGACAUAAUAUCCUCUGAAAGAGGCACAGACCAGCCCAGUGGUGGAUCUGUGCAUGUUCAGGAGCUCUCUAGGGAAAGCGAAUCUCCUCAUUUCUCCCAUGAGCAAGAAUUCCAUGAGUACUUUGUGUCCACACCAGAUGAAAACCUUUCUGAACCUGAGGAGGGUGGAGGAAUAAUGUCAUAUGGCCAUUAUGGCAUUGUUGAUGAUCUGUCAGAUGAGAGGUAUUAUCAAGAUGAAAAUCUUCCCCAGAGAAAAGUGAUUGUAGAGGAAAGUGAUGAAUACAAGUACAAGUCAAGCGAUCGGUCAUUCGCCAAGGAGAGUUUUCCAGAGUGCAUCAUUGAAGAAGAGGUUCGAGUCUCGCCUGUAGUACAGGAAUCCGUUCUUGAGUUCCUGAGAGAGGACUCUUUGGAGCCCAAAGAGCAGCUGAAGGGAGCCUUGGAUACACUACAGAGCUCAGUCUCUGGUCGUCUGAGGGAAGAGUUGGCUUUCCUCACAAAAGUGAGCAGUGAAAGUCCACAAAACGUGGCAAUCAAAAAAGUUGAGCAGUCAAGUGAUAAUGGAACCAUGACUAUAGUUGCAGAGCUAAACGUCUCACAAACCCUUGAAGACUCUGGGCUGCUGGAAGAAGGAAAUGAUGUUUCCGAAGAGCAGAUAAUGAAAGCUCUCAGAUCUUCUAACCUGGAACUUGAAAAGGCUUUCCAAGGAGCAUCAGGAUCAGGGCACAGCAUCAGGGUUUCCAAAGAUUACGGGGUUGCAUUUGAUGAGGGUUCUGAAGGCUUUGGCAGCACAGGGGAACCUGCACCUAAAAUAAUUGAGAAACACGUACAACUGGAGCCAUCAGAAAAGUCCUUUAGCUUCCAUAUGGAGGUGCAGAGUGAUCAUAGUGAAGAGAGCUCAGAGCAGAAGUUGCAGUCCCAACUCUUCGAAUCCCCAGGGAAGAUUUCUACUGAAAAAAGAGUUGCUACAGUUUACCUUGAAAGCCCCUUAGAGGACUGACAGGGAAAUCUAUUAGAAAUUGUAUCACAUUCAUACAGAAGAUAUUAUGCAACAUGGCAGUGAAACUGUUAACAGACAAUUUAAUGUUGACAUACUGACAAACUAAUGUGGGCAAGAUGAAGUUAGUACUACAAACUGCAGCAAUUUAUAGCAACAAAUAUGGAUGUUGUUUACAAUCUUUGCAUUAACUUCAUUUUAUCUUUAUAUAGCUUUGCUUAUUCACUUUGCAUUUCUAUGGUAUUAAACUGUUCCGUGGAGCUUUAAAAAGCCUAUUCCACAGUUUACAGCAGACCACUAACUCAGUCAUCAUAUGCAAUAUUGUUGAGUCUUUUGGAUCAACAUUUAUUAGAUCAACACAGGGCACUGGGAGUUAUGAGGUGCUGUGCACCGUUUGCAGAUCGGGGCUUCUUAUGCUUUGAGCACUUCAACAAAAUAGAGUGAUGGUGGUAAAUAUUACAUUUGGAGGCCAGAGGUUAAAUUUAAGGUGAAAUUACUGACAUAUUAAGAAUGGAUUUACACUUGCGGGGUAGGAUUUAAUGUGGAAAACGUCUGGUGAUGGUGACUUAAAAAAAAACAUAUAUAUUUAGAUUAUCUACCUUUAUUCCUUACUAAUAAAUUGCAUUUGUUUUAGGAGGUAAAACCUAUAGUGAUCAAUAAACAUAAUCUAGAUACAGAGAAAAAAAUGUUUGUUUUAAAAAUAUCCUAGCAUGUUAUUUUGCACGGCUGUGAAUUAUUGAAUUGCAGGUAAACAUUCAGGAUCAAGCCGAAAUCUUAAACCGUAACUUUAAAGAAGUUUUAUUUACACAAAUAAAAAAUGUAAAUUCAAAAGCAAUAAUUAGAAGAGGCAGGAUAAAUUCAAAACUUCAAAAGCUACACCAUUGGUGAGUGUAUGGUUGUGAAGCAUGUUGUGUAUGACACUUUCUGUUGGUGCAUAUUUGUUGGGUAUCACAGUGUUGGCACGAUGGAUUCAACUUUGCUCUGACCUAAGUGUGUUCAUGACUAUUUUUGGAUCAUCAGCUUAGUGGCAUUGAGUGUUCACCAGGGUUUGUUGUCUUGUGAGCUGUUUGCAAAGGCAGAAUUAGUGUGCAGUGCAUUCAGUCUGUUUAUUUGUUUAGGACAGGUUCAGCAUAUUUGAGUUACAUUGUGUUGUAAAACACAGAAAUGCAUAUAUUUAGUAUAAACAAAAGUCUUCUGUUAAAACUCUUCACACAGAAAGGAUGUGUUGUGUUUAAGUUACUUUAUUAACAUUUAUAAAGUUGUGUCUUUAUACAAACUGGUACAUAGAUAACAUGUGCCAACACAUUGCAUUCACCAAGAUAUAGAAAAUCUAUUGAUUUUUAGAGAACAUAUGAGUCAAUGUUUAAUGAAUGUGGAAUAGACAAAUUAUAUCUGAUGUCUCUUCUUUUAUUGAUUUCUGGUGAACAAAUGACAUAACUGCUUUGGCUGAUGUUGCGUUCAGCAUUCAAUUCAUACUUGAUGAAUAUCAUAACAAUAUUAAAAAUAUAUAUAUUGUUGAAA